AUGACUGAGCUAGAGUACAACUGGAGCACUGUCGGAGCGCCUCACAGUACAGCCCAGUGGAGCGCCUCACAGUACAGCACAGUGGAGCGCCUCACAGUACAGCCCAGUGGAGCGCCUCACAGUACAGCACAGUGGAGCGCCUCACAGUACAGCCCAGUGGAGCGCCUCACAGUACAGCACAGUGGAGCGCCUCACAGUACAGCACAGUGGAGCGUCUCACAGUGGAGCGCCUCACAGUACAGCCCAGUGGAGCGCCUCACAGUACAGCACAGUGGAGCGCCUCACAGUACAGCCCAGUGGAGCGCCUCACAGUACAGCACAGUGGAGUGCCUCACAGUACAGCCCAGUGGAGUGCCUCACAGUACAGCCCAGUGGAGUGCCUCACAGUACAGCCCAGUGGAGUGCCUCACAGUACAGCACAGUGGAGCGCCUCACAGUACAGCACAGUGGAGCGCCUCACAGUACAGCACAGUGGAGCGCCUCACAGCACCUCACAGCUCCUCACAGUACAGCACAGUGGAGCGCCUCACAGCUCCUCACAGUACAGCCCAGUGGAGCGCCUCACAGCUCCUCACAGUACAGCCCAGUGGAGAACCUCACAGUACAGCCCAGUGGAGCGCCUCACAUGACGUGGUGGAGCAGCAGGCUGGAGGCCUAUCAGACCUGGAGAUCAUCUCCCAGCCAGACCCAGUGGAGGAGCAUGGUGUGCAGGAGAUGAACCCUUCCUGCAUGACUCCUGUCCAGCUGGUCAGCUUCGGCUACAGGGACCUUCCUCUGGCCCACCUGGAUCUCUCCCUGGCCGGAUCACAGCUCCUCUCUAACCUGGAUGAGGACGACAACAGGGAAGGGUCUAACUGGUUGAAGCCGUGCUGUGGGCGGAGGGUAGCCCUGUGGCAGGUGUGUCUGCUCAGUGCAGGCUUCAACUGUUUCCUGGUGGCCCUGGUCAUCCUGGUGGUGGUCUUCUUGACCCUGGAACUCCUCAUAGACACCAAGCAUCUACAAUUUGCCAAUGCUAUUCAAUUUGCCAGCGUCAUCCAUUGGAUCAGCCUUGCCAUCCUUUCACUCUUCUUCACUGAGACAGUCUUCAGGAUUGUAGUCCUUGGGAUUUGGGACUACAUUGAGAACAAAGUAGAGGUGUUUGACGGGGCAGUCAUCGUGUUGUCCCUGGCCCCUAUGGUAGCCUCCACGGUAGCCAACGGCCCCAGCAGUCCCUGGGACGCCAUCAGCCUCAUCAUCACCCUGCGCAUCUGGAGGGUCAAGAGAAUCAUCGACGCCUAUGUGUUGCAGGUGAAGGUGGAGAUGGAGCUGGAGAUCCUGCAGUGUGAGAAGAUCAAGGCUGUCAGGGAGGAGCAGCUGGAACGACUCACACAGAUCUGCCAGGAGCAGGCAUUUGAGAUCAGACAGCUCCGGGCCCACCUGGCCCAGCAGGACUUGGACCUGGCUGCAGAGCAGGAGGCUGCUAUGCAGAUCCACCAUGUGUGGAGCAAACAGAGGAGCAGCUACCAGGUGGUGGAGAGCCAGGGCCCUGGGGAGUCUGACGAUGAGGGACAUGGAGUCCUCAGGGAGACCCCAGCAGAUCCUGUUGUCCAUCAUGACGACAUGAACAACUAUAUCAGCCAGUACUACAGUGAACAGAGUAGUGACAUGGGGGGUCCUCGUGUCAUCACCACGUCAGCCAUCGAUGUCCACCUCCCUACGACCCAUUACCCCGCCCACAACAACCCUCUGCUGGGCGUGGAGCAAAUGAGUAGAGCUGUGAGUGACACUUCCACCAGCGUAUCACUGUCCAGUGGCAGUCUGACGGCCCGCCCUCAUAGCCUGAGCAGCCACACCCUGCGCUCGUCUACUACGGACUGCAGCAGCAACGCCACGGCCAGGGACUACCACACCCAGGCUAGGAACUACAAUGCUCAAACCAAGGCCCGGGGGCCUUAUCUGGACUACAAGUCCCAGAAGCAGACCCAGGACAGGGACUUUAACACUGAGCACUCCAACACCCAGGGCCAGCGCUGCUUCCCCCUGCCCUUCUGCAGCCCUCUGGGCCUGGGUCUGACCUCAGCCCAGCCUCCCCUUCCACGGGACCCCAGCGUGGUAGUCCAGGAGCUGCUCUCGUCCCUGCCCUACUGCAGCCCUCUGGGCCUGGGUCUGACCUCAGCCCAGCCUCCCCUUCCACAGGACCCCAGCGUGGUAGUCCAGGAGCUGCUCUCCUCCCUGUCUGAGGAUUCCUGUCUGGCCCAGAAAGGCCUGGUGGACCCAGUUAACCUAAAGCUUCCCAGUCCUGCCGGCUCAGCCAAGGCCAGCCCAGAGCUGGAGCACAGAAUCAACAUCUACAACUGGAAGAAUCAGGAGGAGAACCAGUACCAGAGCCGGGGCCAGAGACAGGACCGAGCCGCAGCCACUGUGCUCCUACAGACUAAGCCUCUCAUCCACCUGCAGGGCGGCACUCCUGAGUCCUCUUUGGAGGAGAAGUAUAGGCUACUGGGCCCUGCUGAUGGUCCACUGUGCCGUCUGCCUGAUACAUAGGGUUGAUUCACACUACUGAGCUGAGCCAAGCCGAACUGAGCUGCAUUGUGCUGGCCUGGUUAUGCAUCCACCAUAGUUUUUUGAACAUUGCUGGAAAGGACAUGUGAAAAGAAUAUGUCAGAGCCAGCACUGGUUGGCUCGGGUCGGCACAACAGUGUGAAAAGGGCAAUAGUUCAUCCCAGAGGACAAAGCAUACAGCUCAAGACAGAACUGACUGACCUGGCUUCUCCAAAUCCUCAUGCUUCAAACAAAGUCAGAGCCUGGUCCAAGAUCAAACCUGGCGUUACGGCCUCCCGGGUGGUGCAGUGGUUAAGGGCGCUGUACUGCAGCGCCAGCUGUGCCAUCAGAGUCCCUGGGUUCGCGCCCAGGGUCUGUCGUAACCGGCCGCGACCGGGAGGUCCGUGGGGCGACGCACAAUUGGCCUAGCGUCGUCCGGGUUAGGGAGGGCUUGGUCGGUAGGGAUAUCCUUGUCUCAUCGCGCACCCGGUUGCCGGGUGCACGGUGUAGCCUCCGACACAUUGGUGCGGCUGGCUUCCGGGUUGGAUGCGCGCUGUGAAGCAGUACGGCUGGUUGGGUUGUGUAUCGGAGGACGCAUGACAUUCAACCUUCGUCUCUCCCGAGCCCGUACGGGAGUUGUAGCGGUGAGACAAGAUAGUAGCUACUACAAUAAUUGGAUACCACGAAAUUGGGGAGAAAAAGGGGUAAAAUUCAACAAAAAAAAAAAAA